CCAUUCAGCAGAUAGGCGAGCAUUGGCUCGCGCCCGAUGCGCGCGGUGCGGUGGGAGGGUUGCUGUGGAGAUCGGAGACUCUGAUAACCCCCCGUGCGUGCUGCACAAGUGGUGAAAGCCUCGCGCUACGUACUGGCUAAUGAUUGGCACGCUUGACAGUGAUUGGCAGGGCUGCCAUGACAACGCCACAACGACACCAAGAAGACCAAUAGAAAAGGGAAACAAAAUGUUUCAAUGCUACACUCAACGGCGGAUUUAGGGGGGAGAUAUUAUGAGGCUGUUGUCAUUAGGCGAUAGCCAUUGAAUCAUUCAAGCUUUUUUUACCAGCCGUAUUUUUCGGUUUUUCUUUUUCUCGAUAAUUUUCUUUCUCUCUCAGGUCAUUUCCAUGGUUUUCAGAUCCCCUUUAGAGCUUUAUCCCUCCCAUUUUUUCCUGCCUAACUUCGCUGAUCGCCCACUGUUGCUGGCGAACAGCGCUCCCGCCGCCAGGUCUCCAGAAGACUUGUCCAUGUUUCAGCUACCGACCCUCAACUUCUCCCCGGAGCAGGUGGCGAGCGUCUGCGAGACGCUGGAGGAGACCGGGGACAUCGAGCGGCUGGGCCGCUUCCUCUGGUCCCUGCCGGUGGCUCCGGGAGCGUGCGAGGCGAUCAACAAGCACGAGUCCAUCCUGCGCGCCCGCGCCGUGGUGGCGUUCCACACGGGGAAUUUCAGAGACCUCUACCACAUCCUGGAGAACCACAAGUUCACCAAGGACUCGCACGGCAAGCUGCAGGCCAUGUGGCUGGAGGCUCAUUACCAGGAGGCCGAGAAGCUGCGCGGCCGUCCCCUCGGACCUGUCGACAAGUACCGGGUGCGGAAGAAGUUUCCGCUGCCUCGGACCAUCUGGGACGGGGAGCAGAAGACGCAUUGUUUCAAAGAGCGGACGCGGAGCCUGCUGCGGGAGUGGUACCUGCAGGACCCAUAUCCGAACCCGAGCAAGAAAAGGGAACUGGCUCAAGCCACAGGACUCACUCCCACACAGGUCGGAAACUGGUUUAAAAACCGGAGGCAACGAGACAGAGCUGCGGCAGCCAAAAACAGGCUCCAGCACCAAGCAAUAGGACCGGCCGGCAUGAGGUCCCUCUCAGAGGCCGGACUCACCCCUCACAGCUCGGCCGAGUCGCCCUCGACCGCGGCCAGUCCCACCACCAGCGUUUCCAGUAUGACAGAGAGAGUUGAUACUGGGACGUCCAUCCUGUCCGUCACAUCCAGUGACUCAGAGUGCGAUGUAUGAUACGGCGAGGAGGGGGGGGGGGGGAACAAGAAAAAAAGAGAAAUAUUUACAGGGAAAAAUGGACCCGAGAAGAUGAAAAUAAUGACUUAUGAAAAAAGGACCGAUUGAUAUAAAUAUUAAAGUAAAAAGAGAUAAAAGCACGUCUUUUUUUAAAUUAAAGCGCUUUCAAAGGACCCACGCCUACCCCUCCUCUUCAUCUCCCCUUCUCACCAACAACACUAGACUACUUGCAUGAUAUUUUUUCUUUUUCAUUUUGUAAUCAGGGAAACCAACCUGAAUGCAAGGGGUAUAAACCUGGUCAAAAAGAGAGAAAAAAAGAAAAAAAUAUAUAAUGAUAAUAAUGUGUCGAACGGAUCCGUUUAUGACUAUCAGAUUUUUAUUUUUUAUUUUCAAAAAGUUUAUAUUGAAUUAUGUAUAUCUCAAAUAAUGCGAUCAUUCUCCCGCUCUGUAAUAUACGUGUAGAAAUAUGCUUGUACAUAAUUCUUGCUCUUCCCCCUUCCUCCUCCUCCUCCCCUGCGAGUGUCAUCCUCUUUUCUAUCCCCCUUCCUCACUUUUCUUGACUUGGUGUUCCUACAUAAAAUAUUUGUCAAAACUUA